UGGGGUGUAAAAAUGAUGGAGGAUCACCUGACAAAGAUAUCCAUGAUGUCGUCUUCUUCUCCGGCGGAGUCGACGGGGAGUGGCGGGACGGACGACAGCAGAGGAGAUAAAAGUCCGGCCCCUGGAAAGUCCCUCAGCCCAGCUCUGGUCUGCAAGGUGUGCGGGGACACCAGCAGCGGUAAACACUACGGCAUUUACGCCUGCAACGGCUGCAGCGGCUUCUUCAAACGCAGUGUGAGGAGGAGGCUCAUUUACAGGUGUCAGGCAGGCACGGGCAUGUGUCCAGUGGACAAAGCCCAUCGGAACCAGUGCCAGGCGUGCCGGCUGAAGAAGUGUUUACAGUCGGGUAUGAAUAAAGACGCCGUGCAGAACGAGCGGCAGCCGCGCAGCACCGCCCAGGUGCGUCUGGACUCCAUCGACGUGGACUCGGAGAAGGAACACCUGGCGACCACGCGGGAGCCCAUCUCUUCCUCCUCGUCUUCUUCCUCCAGCGGCUCCGUCAUCACGUGGCCUCACAUCACUUCGUCCAUCGCCAUCACGUCUUCUGUGCCGCCCCAACGCUGUGUCAGCCCUCAGAACAACCACCGCUUCAUGGCCAGCCUCAUGACGGCCGAGACUUGUGCCAAGCUGGAGCCUGAGGACGCGGACGAGAACAUCGACGUGACCAGCAACGAACCAGAGCGCGCGUCCUCAGAGUAUCACAUGGCACUGUAUCCGUCCUCCUCGGAAAAUGUUUACGAGACUUCAGCAAGGCUUCUUUUCAUGUCGGUGAAGUGGGCCAAGAACCUGCCCGUCUUUUCCAACCUGCCUUUCAGAGACCAGGUGAUCCUGCUGGAGGAGGCGUGGAGCGAGCUCUUCCUCCUCUGUGCCAUCCAGUGGUCUCUGCCACUAGACAGCUGUCCUCUGCUCUCUCUGUCGGACCUCUGUCCAGGCAUGCAGGGCAAGACCAGCUACACGAGCCUGGACCUCAGACUCCUGCAGGAAGUCUUCAGUCGCUUUAAGGCCCUCGGCGUCGACCCCACGGAGUUCGCCUGCCUCAAAGCCAUCGUGCUCUUUAAGCCAGAGACACGUGGUCUGAAAGAUCCAGAACAAGUGGAGAACCUUCAGGAUCAGUCCCAUGUGAUGUUGGGACAGCACAUUCGCUCUCACUACCCCAGUCAACCUGCCAGGUUUGGAAAGCUGCUUCUUCUCCUUCCGUCGCUGCGCUUCGUGAAUUCCGAGCGCAUCGAACUGCUGUUCUUUCACAGGACCAUCGGAAACACUCCCAUGGAGAAACUGCUGUGUGACAUGUUCAAAAACUGACUGUUCCCUUAACAAAACGUGUCGUGCAGACUUCAAACAUCGCCUACCAGCGUGGAAAAAAGGAUGAUUGACAGAUCACUGCUUUGUUGAGUUGAGUUGAACUCUAAGGUCACUUUAUUUUUUUGUAUCUUGGUUUGUUUUUGCCACUACACUUAAUUCUAUUUAUAUUAUAAGGCUUCCUACUUAUAUUUGUUUUGUGUGUUAAGAAACUCAAUAUUAGCUGAAUUACCCCCAGGGAUCAAUAAAGUACUUUCUAUUUUAUUCUAUUCUAUUACCAUUAGGGUUGCCAACUCACCCCAAAAAAAAAGAAUGAGCCAAGUCCAAAUGGCUUUUUUUUUAUCAUUUUGAAACAAUUGUUAUACUAUUUCACUCUAAUCUGAUUGGGUGUUAACUACAGUGAUACAAUAAUGUAAUACGGGAAGAAUUAUCGCUUUUUUGGCUGAACAGGAGACACAUACUUUUGUUUCUCUAUACGGUAUAAUUCCAUUUUACAGCACAUGGCAACCCUAAUAACGCUAGUAUUGCUCUACUUUUGUCUUAGAGUGAAAAUUACAUUGUAUAUAUUAUUGUUUGGCUGAUGGACUGUAAAUAUUUAAUACUGUUUUCAAUGUGAAUGUUGUAUUCAUGUUGUCACGCCUUGAUA